AUGAUUUAUCCGUACAUAGCAUUAAUAGUUGAUGAUCGAGCAACAGAAAAAGUUGUUCAUGCUGUUAUCAAUGUUUUACAACAUAUUCCAAUCGAUUGGAAAGUACAAAUUUUUACAUAUAUUCAACAUUGGUCUUUCUACAAAAACUCUUCUCUCUUCCCAUUCAUCAUUAACAAUCGUGUGUUUAUGACACCACUAGAUUUUCCACGAAACAGUCUAUCUGGUGCCGAUUUUAUUAAUUUAUUGCUGACAUCGCCAUCGUUGUGGCGUCGAGUACAAGGUGACAAAGUAUUGUAUUUUCAAAUCGAUUCAGCUAUAUGUUCGAAUUCAUCAUAUAAAUUAACAGAUUUCCUACAGUAUGACUUUAUCGGUGCACCAUGGUACGUCGGUGGUUGCUGCAAUGGUGGAUUUUCUAUACGAAGUCGAACGAAAACACUUCAAAUGCUCGAGCAUGAUGGAGUUAAAUUUCCAUUACAUCAAAUAAAUGAAGAUGGAUGGUAUACAACGAAUUUACCCCGAUUCAAUGCCAUCGUUGCUCCUAUCUCCAUUGCAAGAACGUUUUCAGUGGAAACUAUUUAUCAUCCUCGCCCAUUUGCUGUUCAUAAUCCUUAUAUCAACCUUAUUGGUAAAGACAACAUGAGUCGUUUAUGUAAUGAAUGUCCUGAAACGAGAACUAUUUCUUCUCAUUGUCCAUAA